GAUAUAGAAACAAAGGCCAAGCAGCUGGAAGAGAAAGACAGGGAGCUGAAGAAGCACGAUGCCUACUACAAAGAGCAGCUGGCUCGGCUGGAGGAGAGGAGUGCCCAGUUCUACAAAGUCACCACGGAGCAAUACCAAAAAGCUGCCGAUGAAGUGUCAUCUCGGUUCAAACGAUACGAGUCUCAUCCAAUCUGCGGUGACCUGCAGGAGAAAAUUCUACAGUGUUACCGGCAACACGCUCAGGAGACCCUCAGCUGCUCUGCCCUGGCUAACCAGUACCUGCACUGUGUCAACCAUGCCAAACAGCAGAGCAUGCUUGGGAGAGGAGGAUAAAGGCAUUGUCCAAAUCAAGCACAAGACCAUCAACUCUAAUUUCAGCAGAAGAGCAUUUUUUUUUUUUCCCCCCAAGAAUGAUAUGACAGCCCAUUUACAGGGCAGACCAAUAAAGAGAAGAACUGGAAGAGCCAUUUCAAGAGCAGCAGCCAUCACAGCUCAAUCAGUGUGACCAUUUGAAAAGCCAAGACCUGUAUCUUAUUACAUCAGAAAUCACACGCCCGAAGAUACUGUUCAGUCGUAGUAAAAUCCACUUAUUGGUGAUUGAAGGAAGGAAAAGAAAAGAACCUUUCACUGACCUCAGAAAGGGGAAAUAUCCUUCAAAUGCUGCUAUUUUAUUGUAGAAUCUCCUCAAAAAAAUACUUCUCCCUGUCCAAGGCGCGGGUGUGUAACACUUGGUGUGCCGGGACGUCAGCCGAUGCUCCUCACUCUGCAGCCUGUAUCCAUAUUGGAAGUUUUCCCUACAGUGUAUAAAUGACGUAAAUUGUGCUUUAAUUUAUAUCACAAAUUAUGUAACUUCAUGAAGUCUCUCUCCAGGCCUUCUGCUGGAAUGAUGUUAAUGAUCCAACACUUCAGAUGUAACAUGGCCUUUAUUUACGGGAAACGAUUCUGUUGUGCUCCUCACUCCUACCAAGUACUGACGAACAUGCCUCUCUCUGUACCAACAAUAAAUGUAUUUUAUGCACAAGA